AUGCUCAGAUUAGCGAUUUCUUUGUUUUUGUUUGCAUUAUGUUCUUUCACAUCGUCUUCCUCUGCGAGAUCCUUCGUCACCACAAUACCUCGUCCGAUUGAUUCGUUUCUCCCUAAACCCCAGCUAGAGAAUGCGGGUGUGUGCUCUUACACGGUGAUCAUUAAGACAAGCUGUUCCUCGGUGUCUUACACCAGAGAUAAGAUUAGUAUUUCGUUUGGUGAUGUGUACGGCAACGAGGUAUACGUGAAGAGACUAGAUGAUCCAAACUCGAGGACAUUUGAAAAGUGUUCAUCAGACACAUACAAGAUAACGGGACCGUGUAUGCGCGACGUCUGUUAUCUCUACCUACUCAGGCAAGGAUCCGACGGCUGGAAACCGGAGAACGUGAAGAUCUACGGCUCAUCCAUCAGAUCAGUCACUUUCUACUACAACCUCUUCUUGCCUAACUCCGUUUGGUAUGGCUUUAACGUCUGCAAUGGCAUUGCGAAUGCCAUUGACAAGUCUUCAGAUCAACCCAUCACUACCUCCGCCGCCUUGGCAGCUAUGUAA